AUGCCGCGAGACGCUGAAAGGACGAAAGCUGCUGGUGGUGGUUACACGAGGUUUACAAGGGUCAGACGGGCAUCGUAUUGCCGAGUUUUGUUGGUCGUGUCGACGUUUUGUCUACUCGGUCUUUAUUCACAGCUCCUUCGUGUAACAAGCCCAUUUUGCGAACAGCUUGGCGGCUUCAUCAAUCAUCGCCAUCGACCGCAACUCAGUCCCCUCCUGUCGCCGCUUAAGUUCAAAAAAGACGGCAGCUUCCAACUGAGCAUCUUUUCAGAUUUGCAUUUUGGCGAGAACGCCUGGGAACCCUGGGGUCCCAAACAAGACCUCGCCUCCCUCGGCGUGAUAAACUCUGUUUUGGACAGAGAACCAGAGACGGAUUUUGUGGUGCUGAAUGGAGAUAUCAUCACGGGGGAGAAUGUUUAUCUCGACAACGACACCCAGUAUAUCGACAAAAUCGCCGAGACGUUGGCAAGUAGAGAUAUUACGUGGGGGAGUACGUACGGGAAUCACGACUCGGACUGCAGGCUAUCGCCCACGGCGAUGUUUGAGCGGGAGAAGAGGUACAAAGGUAGUAGAACGGCGAGGAUGGUAAGGGGCAGAGAGGAGGGGGUGGGGGUGACGAAUUAUUAUUUGGAGGUGCAAGGGCUGGAUGCGAGGGUGGAGAUGGUGUUGUGGUUUUUUGAUAGCAGAGGUGGUUUUGUUUCCCAGGAGGAGGGAGGUGGGAAUAGGAGGAAGGGGAGGGAAAAUUGGGUUAGCAAGGAAGUGGUGAGGUGGUUUAGGGAGAUGAGCGGGAGGCUGAAGAGAGAGAAUGGGGGGAGGAGUUUGCCGGGGUUGGGGUUUGUGCAUAUCCCUAUUGGGGCUUUUUGGGAGGUUCAGAAAAGGGGGAUAGACGGGAAGAAGCAGCCUGGAAUUAAUGGGGAUCAGCCGGUUAACCGACAAGGGGAGGGGUGGUGUAAAGAUGGGAUGGAGGGUUGCGAGUAUGGGGGGCAGGAUGGGGGGUUUAUGGAGGCGGUGAUGGAGGAGGGGUUGUUGGGGUUGUUUGUGGGGCAUGAUCAUGGGGAUACAUGGUGUUCGGAUUAUGAAAAGGGGGGCAGGAGGGUUUAUUUGUGUUUUGGGCAGCAUACGGGUUAUGGGGGGUAUGGGAGUUGGAUUAGGGGAUCGAGGCAGGUGUGGGUUUCGAUUGAGGGGUUGAGAUUGCGGGAAAUGGAUACGUGGGUUAGGCUGGAGAGUGGGAAGGUGGUGGGGAGAGUGAGGUUGAAUGAGACUUUUGGGAGGGAUGAGUAUGAGGUUGUGGAGGAUGAGAGGACACAUUUGCCGGUUGAUGAGGAGAAUUAA